AUGUCUUCAAUUCCAGAAACUCAAAAAGCCGUCGUAUUCGAAUCUAAUGGUGGUCCAUUAGAAUACAAAGAAAUCGCGGUCCCAAAACCAAAAUCAACUGAAAUUCUAAUUAAUGUUAAAUUCUCAGGUAUUUGUCAUACUGAUCUUCAUGCAUGGAAAGGGGACUGGCCAUUACCAGUUAAAUUGCCAUUGGUAGGUGGACAUGAAGGUGCGGGUGUUGUUGUUGCCAUCGGUGAAAAUGUCAAAGGAUGGGAAAUAGGUGAUUUGGCUGGGAUCAAGUGGUUGAAUGGUACUUGCAUGAAUUGCGAAUUUUGCCAAAACUCCAACGAAUCCAAUUGUCCAAAUGCUGACUUAUCUGGUUAUACUCAUGAUGGGUCGUUUCAACAGUAUGCAACAGCGGAUGCGGUCCAAGCAGCAAAGAUUCCUAAAGGUACAGACUUAGCUGAAGUAGCUCCAAUUUUAUGUGCAGGUGUUACUGUUUAUAAGGCAUUAAAGUCUGCUAACUUAAAGGCAGGUCAGUGGGUGGUUAUCUCUGGUGCUGGUGGAGGUUUGGGAUCUUUGUGUAUUCAAUAUGCCGCUGCUAUGGGAUAUAGAGUAAUUUCUAUCGAUGGUGGUGAAGAAAAAGGUGAAUUCGUUAAAUCGUUAGGUUCAGAAGCAUAUGUUGAUUUUACUAAGUCCAAGGAUAUUGUUGCAGAUAUCAAAAAAAUCACGAACGGUGGGGCACAUGGAGUAAUUAAUGUAUCUGUAUCGGAAAAGGCUAUGUCACAAUCGUGUGAAUAUGUCAGAUCUCGUGGUACUGUCGUGCUAGUUGGUUUGCCAGCUGGUGCUGAGAUUAAGACUCCAGUGUUUGAUGCAGUUGUCAGGUCAAUUGCUAUUGUGGGUUCAUACGUGGGUAAUAGAGCUGAUACUACGGAAGCAAUUGAUUUCUUUUCUCGUGGAUUAAUUAAAUGUCCUAUUAAAAUCGUUGGUUUAUCUGAGUUACCGCCGGUUUACGAAUUUAUGGAACAAGGAAAAAUCUUAGGUAGGUAUGUUGUCGAUACCAGUAAAUAA